AUGCUCAUCGAAGUACUUUUUGUGUCUUUGAAUCCGUUUCACACCCGCGAAGGACUGAUUUUGAACGAAACGGAUUUUCAAUAUGGCAAUCCGACAGAUCCACCCCUUUGGUUUUCCAUUGAUGUUGUCAGAUCUCUAGCCAUGCCUGGACAGGCAGUACCGGAAUGGGCCAUGACUCAGCGGCCACUCAAUAUUGUAAUGGUGCUUGUAUGA